AUGUAUAUGUAUUGUUCCAGAUCAGUGCACAGUGGAAAUUAAGUUGCUGAGAGAGAGGGAAAUACGAGUAUCGUUCAAAGUUGUGGUAUGGCUAACUGUAACAAAAAUCGGAAGCAAGGUACUCGGGCAGUCCAAACUUCAAAACCGAAGAAGCUAAAUGGCCACAUGUAUAAGCAGUUUCUGAAAUCGAAGGUGAAAAAAGCCAAGGAAUCAGAUAUUCCAUGUUUGGCAGAUCUAACAGUUCAGAAAAAGGAAAAUCUGCCUCAGAGCCAGGCAAAUACUGAACCAAAUGGUUUCAAUGAUUGUAAGACAACCGUUACAAAUAUCUCCUAUUCGCAUUCACAACAGGAAAAGGAAAAGCUGAAUCAAAUUGAAGGAAAAGCUGAAGCAAAUGGUUCCGAUAAUGGCGAGACGACCAACACAAAUAUCUCUCUUUCUCAUCCACAACUGAAAACUGAAAAGCUGUCUCAAAGUGAAACAAAUAGUUCCGAUGAUGACAGGACAACAAACACAAAUGUUUCGUUUUCACAUUCACAACAGAAAAGGGUGGAACUUCUGCUGAGGCGGGUACGAUGUUCUGAUCACGAGGAAAUAAUUAAGAGUUCUGAGAAUGACACUCAAACUAAGAAAAGAAAUAGCAGCAGUUUGGAGAGACAGUGUAAUCUGGAUAUUUCUAAGCUUAAAGAGAAAUUGGCACGUCACGCCACAACUACAUUUGUGGAGUAUUGGGUUCCUGUCAGGCUCUCCGACGUGCAAAUGGAGCAGUAUUGUGGCUCUCUGUUUUCAAAUGCAAGCGUAUUAUGCUCUCCUUUAAAGCUUGAUUCCGUAGAACUCCUCCUUGAUAUACUCGUCUCAAACAGAAAGUGUUGUGAUCAUCCUUAUCUUGGUGACUGGUCUUUGCGCACCUCUUUCGUACAAGGUUUUCCACAGCCCCAAAAAUUGGAUGCAGAAAUUAAACUGAGUAACAAAUUGCUUCUUCUUCAUAAGAUCCUUCUGGAGAUUAGAAAACGAGGAUUACGAGUACUUAUCCUUUAUCAGUCACUUGGCGGCUCUGGAUCGGUUUCUACUGGAGAUAUUUUGGACGACAUUAUUCACGAAAAAUUCGGCGAAGAUUCAUUUGUACGAAUUGGUGGAGGCGGAGGAUUAUCCCCCGAGAAAAGGCGAGCUGUCUUAAAUACCUUCAACUGUAAAGGGAGCGAUAAAUUUGCUUGUCUGAUGGAAACACGUGCCUGUAUUCCGAGCAUUAGACUUGAAUCUAUAGACACCGUUAUUUUCUUCAACAGUGAUUGGAACCCAAUGAACGACUUGAGAUCUCUACAGAGGAUCAAUCUGCAUUCCCAAUUCGAGCAGGUGAAGGUUUUCCGUUUAUAUUCAUCUCACACAGUGGAAGAAAAAUUUCUUAUUUUAGCCAAGCAAGGAAUUGCUCCAGAAGGUAAUAUACUUAACAUAAAGAAAAGCACGUGUUAUGAGAUGUUAACAUGGGACGCCACGCACUUAUUCGAAAGGUUAAAAAAGUUGCAUGAUUUCGCUACUCCUGAUAUAGAUUCGAUUAUUUCCGAUGAAGACUCUUUUGUGGAAGAUGUGUUUCUUGAGCUAUCAGGUAUAUUGCCUAAUAAUGACACGAGCAAUGUCUGUAAGGACAAGUCAUUAAUAUUGGAAGUAGAGCAAAUCGAAGGUGGUUAUCCUAGAAAUGUAUCUUUACUUGGUGAAGUGGAUAGAUCUUCGUUAGUGGAAGAGGGGAUAGUCAAAGAACCACCGCACGUUUUCUGGAUCAAACUAUUUGAAGGGAGGAAGUUUAGGUGGAAAUAUUUCUCCAGUCAAUCGUCUAGGAUUAGAAAAAGCGUGCAGCGUUUUGAGGAUUUGAUUGGAGUAUCCGUCGGGGCAGAAACAGAAACAGCUUCCAAGAAAUGCAGGACAGAGCCCAGAAACGCUGUUUGUCAAAUUCCCCCGGUCAUCAGAAGGAGAACUAGAAGGAAACUUCAAAGUCGAGAUAACAAACGACAACUGACAGGUUUUAAAAGACGUCGGAGAUUGUGGACUACACCGAUGCUGGAAAAGCUAUCCUCAAUGGAUUUCUCUUCUCCGCUGGCUCCUAACGAACAGGAACAUGCGCCUUCAUCCACUAUCGUGCAAAAUGAUCACACUCAUGUUACUGUUGGCCCUAGUUUCGAAGCUCUGUCUGAUAUAUACUCACUCAUUGAGAAUUCAGUCAGGCCAUUGGAAUCUUCCAUGGAAUAUUCUAUCGGGGAGGUGCCUUUGGAAGCUGCUGCAUCACAUAUGUUUGGUGAUAGGAGACAGAAAAAUCUACAAGUUGGUUAUAAUUCGCUCCAGAUAGAGUUGGAAAGCCUACAAAAGCAGAAAACCAAAAUUUCCGAACGGCGUGAAGAAAUGAAACUGCAAAUGAAAUUGGCAUGCGAGAAAGAGAUUGAGGAGAUACGCAAAAAGUACGAUACGCAGCUUCAGAAUGAUGAGAUGGCUUUUGUGGAAGAGGAAUCAGCUAUCGAGACUCGAUACAAGAAAGUCUAUAUGAACAAACUAUUAGCUGAGGCUCUGAUGCGGAGAGAUAUCCCCCAAGAUGCAACUCCUUCGCUAGUGGUUACUAAAGAUUCUACAGAGGAGUUAUAUCAGCUAAUUUCUCAGUGGCCUCAAUCGAUAACAGAGAGAAGAUCGCCUGAAGAAGUUUCCGGAAACUUACAAACUUCAAACGAGAUGACGCAGUGGUUAGCUACGUAUCCAACUAACACGGAGACCAGUGCGACCGAUUCACACAUGGAUUUGUUAGUCUCAUUUGGACCACUUCUUCAACCUCCAGUGGCUCUUACAACUAGCCAACUAAGCAAUCCAACUGCCCCUCUUGCAAGAAACCCUCAAACGAACUACGUAGUAAGGGCGCCGGCUCCACACCUUAGGCAUACGUGGAAUCCUAUGCACACUUUAACUCCCAAAAUUUCGUCUCCUAGUGGUGGAAUAGUUUAUUCACCGGUUAGUCUUCGGCCAGUGGCAUCUAAUGUAAUGAUGCCUCGACUAGCUUCUAGAGCGAUUUCGUGCUCGUUGCCUUCUCCGUUCGGGUUGCCACUAUUAAAAUAUUGACCAACAUUUUUGUAGUAAUUUUGCUUUUGUAAUCCCUUUUUGUUUAUAGAACUUGGGUGGAGAUUUUUUUGUUUAGAUGGUAACUGAAUAUAGUUAUGGAGAUAGUUUUUUUUG